AUACUAUGAGCAUUAAUUUACAGUGUAUAAGGAGAUGGUGGGACGAAUCAAACAGUGAUCAUCUAAUAAACAUGGGGAAAUACGUAUCAGCGAUGGUUGCAGCCGGAGUUCGCAUAACCUACGCGAGAGAAAGCACAACCUUGUGGUUAACCAUGGUGCUUGUGAGCUCUGUUGUGGCCACCAUUUACCAAUUAUAUUGGGACUUCGUCAAGGAUUGGGGUCUUCUAAACCCUAAAUCCAAAAAUCCAUGGCUAAGGGACAAUUUGGUUCUCCGGAACAAGAACUUCUACUACCUCUCUAUUGCGUUGAAUUUGGUGUUGCGAGUUGCAUGGAUCGAGACAAUAAUGAGAUUCAGGGUAAGCCCUGUCCAGUCUCAUUUGCUAGAUUUCUUAUUGGCCUCCCUUGAAGUCAUUCGUCGAGGACACUGGAACUUUUACAGAGUGGAGAAUGAACAUUUGAACAAUGUUGGCCAGUUUAGGGCAGUGAAGACCGUACCAUUACCGUUCCGUGACAUGGACUCAGACGGUUAAACAAAGAUAAGGGUUUUAUACUUUGGAGGGUUUAAGUCUUGAACCAAGUUCCAAGGAUAUGAAGGAAGCAUUUCGGAUUUUGCAUCGAUGUAACCAUAUCGAGGAAUAACCUUUGGGAAACUCUCGAAAUUGCCUAACCAAUUUAUCCUUUAAAAUAUGAAACAUGGGACUAAUGAAUUCUAGAACUGUUAAACCCUCCAAAGUGUAAAACGAACAUCACAAUUUAACUUCCUAGUUAUAUCUUGAUUUCUGUAAAUUUUGAUUUGAGUUUUAUUUUCAAUAAGUCUUCUUUUUCUAAUAAAAAUAAUGUCACUAUC